GAACAACCCAGGCUCCAGAUGAAUGACGAGCCACAGCCAGCCCAGCUUGCUGUUAGCAACAACGAUCCACUGCAUCAGCGACUGCUAGCACCGACAACCACGCGCGCCACAAGGCGAACCUCGACGACGACAACAGAACAACAAGGAAUACCACCCGACCGAAUCCCCAAACCCACGUUAAUCACAGCUGCGCAAUCAAGCGCUCGCAACACAACACACGGAGCAUAUCGAUCUAGCCAUUUAAUACCAUCACAAGAACACAUCCGGCAAGAUGGGCGACGUCUCUGUCGAAACCCCCCCGGCCAGUCUGACCCAGCCGCAAAAGAAGUCCGCCCCUUCGGCGAUCCCCAAUAUCGAGACCUUCGAGGGCGUUUCAACAGAAGGCGGUGAUGACUACAUUACUUUGAAGAAGCUCCAGAGGCAGCUCGAAUACAUCAAGCUGCAGGAGGAAUACAUCAAAGAUGAGCAGAGGAGCUUGAAGCGCGAGCUUGUUCGCGCCCAGGAGGAAAUCAAGAGGAUCCAGAGUGUUCCCUUGGUGAUUGGGCAGUUUAUGGAAGCUAUCGACCAGAACACGGGAAUUGUUCAAUCUAGUACUGGCUCGAACUACGUCGUCCGUAUCCUUUCGACCCUCGACCGCGAACUCCUCAAGCCGUCAUCCUCCGUAGCCCUCCACCGCCACUCUAAUGCCGUUGUCGAUAUUUUGCCGCCCGAGGCCGACUCAUCCAUCGCGAUGCUUGGUGUCGACGAGAAGCCCGACGUUACAUAUGCCGAUGUUGGAGGUUUGGAUAUGCAGAAGCAGGAAAUUCGGGAAGCCGUUGAGCUGCCCCUAACACACUUCGACCUUUACAAGCAGAUUGGUAUCGACCCCCCGCGCGGUGUCCUUCUGUACGGUCCUCCCGGUACCGGCAAGACAAUGUUGGUCAAGGCGGUCGCAAACUCGACGACAGCGAACUUCAUCCGUGUCGUCGGUUCCGAGUUCGUACAAAAGUAUCUCGGUGAGGGUCCUCGCAUGGUGCGCGACGUCUUCCGCAUGGCUCGUGAGAACGCGCCCGCCAUCAUCUUCAUCGACGAAAUCGAUGCUAUCGCCACGAAGCGUUUUGACGCCCAGACCGGUGCCGAUCGUGAGGUGCAGAGAAUUCUGCUCGAACUGCUCAACCAGAUGGACGGUUUCGACCAGACCGCCAACGUCAAGGUUAUCAUGGCCACCAACCGUGCCGACACUCUCGAUCCCGCCCUGCUGCGUCCCGGUCGUCUCGAUCGCAAGAUCGAGUUCCCCAACCUGCGCGAUCGCCGUGAGCGCCGCCUCAUCUUCACCACGAUUGCGAGCAAGAUGAGCUUGGCCCCCGAGGUCGAUCUCGACAGCCUGAUCGUCCGCAACGACCCCCUCAGCGGUGCCGUCAUCGCUGCCAUUAUGCAGGAGGCCGGUCUGCGUGCGGUACGGAAGAACAGAUACAACAUCAUCCAGGCUGAUUUGGAGGACGCCUAUAGCAGCCAGGUGAAGGGUACGAGUGACGAGAACAAGUUCGAUUUCUACAAGUAAACUCUCGGCGUCAUGGGCUUGCUGGCUGGCUGGGUGUCUGUCAGGGAUCGGGGAAGGAACAACAGGUGGAGAGAUUGCUAUUGGGUGGGUGGUGCUAUGCUUGCCGCUCGCUUUUGGGAAAUAGAAUUUGUACCCCGAAAUCAGCGGUUAGGGGAGGGAAGGGAGGAAAGACGUUCAUAGAAGCGAAGCAAAUUUGUACACUAGCGGAUAUAUCUGGAACGGCACCACCAUAUAUAUGUGCGUGCCUGUCUGGAGUUGCUUCCAUCGAAUACGUAGUAGUACCGAAACGAAAAGCAACAGAAUGCCAUGACUCCCACCCAAUGCCUA